UAAUUUUAAAAAAUUAUCGUAAUGCCUUAAAAUUCUUUAACACUAUUUACUUUGAAGAUUCUGAUCAUCCUCCAGAUGCCCAAUUCUUUCCUCAACGCUCUUACUUUGACGAUCUAGUGGAGCCAGUGUUGGCCACCUUUAUAAGUCUAAUUAUUUUUGACUGGCCUUGGGCUAUAAGUCUAAUCACUGGACUU